ACCCGGGGCAUAUCUUACCACCCUUUUCACAUCCACUGCAGGUUGUGUUGGAGUGGUGGGUAAGAGUGGCAAAUGUCCGUUCUUCGGUGCGUGGGUGAUCCUACCCCGCUUGCAGAGCCUCAUUUUGAAGGUCACUUGGGGGCCCCGUUAUCUGAAUGUUGAAUUCGGUAGCACAGAAACAUUGAAUCAAUUUUCAGUUUUGCUCCACACUAUCUGUGAAACUUUGUCAGCGGAUCGUUCCACGAGGAAACUUUAUCAGACAUGCUGACCUCACCUAUGUGGUUUCUGAAGGAGCUAGAGCUCUACAAGCAUGUGAAACCGUACCGCCUAGAUUUCGAUCCAGAAGAUGACAAUUUUCCUCGCACAAACGUGGACCGAGUUGAAAUACCUGGUGUUCCUAUUCACGACAUCCGGGGCAACGAAGACCAACUGUUAUUUCCCAAAUGUGGCUUCAGUAUCCUACACAUGCCGUCAUCCUUAACUACACUCGAUUACGAUGAUCAUGACUUAGUGACGGAUCGUUACUAUUCAUUUAUUGAGAAAGCCGUCCAGGACUUCAGCGAGAAGUCCCACCUAGGCGCAAAGGUUGUUGCGCUCGAUCACAAGGUGCGAAAACGACAUUCUACCUUUCCAAUUUCGAACGGCGAGAAUUAUUCUGAUCCCCAGCCCGUCAUGGUGGCACACGUUGAUUGGACACCCCAAACCAUCGAAAAGAAGCUCCGACUUACUGUAGGGGAUGAGAAGACUAAGGUGAUCUUGGGCGGCCAGUAUCAGUUCUGCCAUGCCUGGCGCCCACUCUUUGGACCUCUCAGAGGCUACCCCUUAGCUGUCUGCGAUUACUCCACAGUCAAUCCCGAAAACGACUAUGAGAUAACUGAUGAUGUCUACGAGAACCACGGUGUUGACGAAAACUACAUGGUUUACCAUAGACCUGGGCAUAAAUGGUAUUACCUCAGUGAUCAAGAGCCUACUGAGAUCUUGCUUUUCAGAGAGUAUGACAGCACCGUUGGACUGAUGUCUGGAAUUCCCCAUUGUGCUAUUCCUAACCCUGUCCCCUCAGAGCACAUUAUGGCAAGGCAAAGCAUCGAGGUUGAAUUGGUGAUUUACUGGCCAUGAUCCUGACUUUGGAAACGGUAAGAAGGGCGUA